GCGCUCGCGCGCGCCGGCCGCCAGCCCGGGACCCCUGCAUCACCUUCCCUUCUGGCCGGAGGAGCCGAGUUCAGAUCCGCCGCUCCGCACCCGAGCCUGACACACUGAACUCCAUUUCCUCCUCCUCCUAAAUUUAUUUCUGCUUCACAGCCACUCGUCUUUUUCUUUUUUUCUUUUUUUUUUUUACCCCCUCUCCAUCUGAUUGCUCCAAGAAAACAUUUUCUGACUCCCCAAAGUCAAGGUUCCCCUUGACCGUCGCGUUAUUAAUAUUUCCAUUUUGGGAACGAUUGGCAUUUUAUUUUUAAAGGAAUCAAAGCAAGAUACCUUUUUUCCCCCCUAUUGGGCAUUGACUUUUGAUUGUCUGCAAAAGUUUCGUUAUCCAAAACAACUCUACCUGAUCAGUGCUUUGAGAACUUUUUUAAAAAAAUUUUUGUUACUUAAUUAAAAAAAAAAAGCCAACAAGCAGAACUUUUCCACCUUUUAAAACCAUGCACUACUGCGUGCGGAGCGCCUUGCUGCUCCUGCAUGUGGUCCCGGUGGCGCUCAGCCUGUCUACCUGCAGCACGUUCGAUAUGGACCAGUUCAUGCGCAAGAGGAUCGAGGCGAUCCGCGGGCAGAUCCUCAGCAAGCUGAAGCUCACCAGCCCCCCGGAAGACUACCCCGAGCCCGACGAGGUCCCCUCGGAGGUGAUUUCCAUCUAUAACAGCACCAGGGACUUGCUGCAGGAGAAGGCGAGCCGCCGGGCGGCCGCCUGCGAGCGCGAGAGGAGCGACGAGGAGUACUACGCCAAGGAGGUUUACAAAAUCGACAUGCCGCCCCACUUCCCCUCCGAAACUAUCUGCCCAGUUGUUACCACACCCUCUGGCUCAGUGGGCAGCUUGUGCUCCAGGCAGUCCCAGGUGCUGUGUGGGUACCUUGAUGCCAUCCCGCCCACUUUCUACAGACCCUACUUCAGAAUAGUCCGCUUUGACGUCUCAACCAUGGAGAAGAAUGCUUCCAAUCUGGUGAAGGCAGAAUUCAGAGUCUUUCGUAUGCAGAAUCCCAAAGCCCGAGUGCCUGAACAACGCAUCGAACUGUAUCAGAUACUCAAAUCCAAAGACUUAACGUCUCCCACCCAGCGCUACAUUGACAGCAAAGUUGUAAAGACAAGAGCAGAGGGCGAAUGGCUCUCCUUUGAUGUCACCGACGCAGUGCAGGAAUGGCUUCACCACAAAGACAGGAACCUGGGAUUUAAGAUAAGUUUACACUGUCCCUGCUGUACUUUUGUGCCAUCUAAUAAUUACAUCAUCCCAAAUAAAAGUGAAGAACUAGAAGCAAGAUUUGCAGGUAUUGAUGGCACCUCCACAUAUACCAGUGGUGAUCAGAAAACUAUAAAGUCCACUAGGAAAAAAAACAGUGGGAAGACCCCACACCUCCUGCUAAUGUUAUUGCCCUCCUACAGACUUGAGUCACAACAGUCCAACCGGCGGAAGAAGCGUGCUUUGGAUGCAGCCUAUUGCUUUAGAAAUGUGCAGGACAAUUGCUGUCUACGUCCUCUUUACAUUGAUUUCAAGAGAGACCUUGGGUGGAAAUGGAUACACGAACCCAAAGGGUACAAUGCCAACUUCUGCGCUGGUGCGUGUCCAUAUUUAUGGAGUUCAGACACUCAGCACAGCAGGGUCCUCAGCUUAUAUAACACCAUAAACCCAGAAGCAUCCGCUUCUCCUUGCUGUGUGUCACAAGACCUGGAACCGCUGACCAUCCUCUACUACAUCGGCAAAACCCCCAAGAUCGAGCAGCUCUCCAAUAUGAUCGUCAAGUCUUGCAAAUGCAGCUAAGUCUCUGCCAGAGUCAAGAUUAAGAUUAGAGUGAUCAUGAUGACAUGCGACGGGGAUGGUGACAGUGGUGAUGUUUGUGACAAGGAAACAUGAGAGCGUCUUGGUUCAUCAGUGUUAAGUUUUCUGAAAACAAAGCGGUACUAGUUCAAACACGUUGAAAGCUUGUGUUCUGUUUGUUAAAACUGGCAUCUGAAGAAACAACAACAACAACAACAAAAUAACGUGGAAAGCCUUAUUCUGCAUUUCACCUACUUUGUGAGAGACACAGAAACAACAUUUUUUUAAAGGAAAAUAUAAACACUGGAAGAAUUUGUUAGUGUUAAUUAUGUGAAACCAAACCAAACCGGAAAAAUCCAUUCAGUGGAGUUGCUGUAUGUACCGUUCCUGUCCCGUGCCUCCAGAUCCUUCCAUAUUGCUAUGCAAUAUGUGCCCUUGCUCCUCCUCACUCUAGGGUUAACAGUGAGUUAUUUAUUGUGUGUUACUAGCUAAUGAACAUUUCAUUACCCUUGGAAAAUAAAGCAAGUGUAUAAAGUGGAGACCAAAUACUUUGCCAGAAACUCAUGGAUGGUUUAAGGAACUUGAACUCAAACGAGCCAGAAAAACAAGAAGUCAGUCAUAUCAAUGGGAUGAAAACCCAAGUGAGUGCUUAUGUGACCCAGCAAGUCCGCAUAAGACAAAAAUCCAGAAAAUGCAUGCUGUGUACCAACUGCUCAAGGAAGCUUCGCGUAUGGUUCAAGCACGAAAAAGUUGGUUAAUAAAGGAAAUUUUCAGUCAGAAUAACUCUGUAAGAUCCGUUUUUGUCUCCAUUGUAAGUGGUUCUUUGUCCAUGUCAGCAAACCGGUGAGACGCUGAAACCUUUUGACACACACUGUCAGCUCUGUUCCCCGUUUUCCCUCUGCCUCGCUGUGUAUAGCCACACCUGCGUGACUAAAUGAGACAGGUGUAGAAGCAGAUAUAACUGAAGCCACAUCUCCAGUUCUCUUCUGCAAACUAUUAAAUCAAAACAUGGACUAUUUUACAUGUGAUGUGUAAGCCCUUACCAUCGUUUUCCACAUGUUGUAAUAAUGUCAAGUAUAAUUGAGAUUGGAUUUAAAUUUUGUUCUCUUUUUAAUGACCAUUCACAACUGUCCAUUUCCUUCAGCUGGCCAGUACUCUUGAGUAAAACUCCUACUUUUGA